CGUGGGUCUGUAAGCCGUGAGGAGAUGAGUGGGAAACGAUCCGCGGAGCCUGACCAGGGCCGGAUAGGAAAAAAAGGGAAGAAGGAAAUGAUGGCGGAGUUAUCCAGCGCUGUCAUGGAGGAAUCUUUGAAAAAGCAAGUGGCUGAGAGCUGGCGGCUGAGGAUGCCAUUGAGUCACGAAGCCAUUGUCGUAGACGGGGACCCCUUUCUUCACUGUGUGAUCCCAAACUUUAUCCAAAGCCAAGACUUCUUGGAAGGACUUGAGAAGGAACUUUUGAACUUGGACUUCCAUGAGAAGUGUAAUGACUUGUAUAAGUUCCAGCAGUCUGAUGACCUGAAGAAAAGAAGAGAGCCUCACAUCACUGCUUUAAGGAGAAUUCUCUAUGAAGAUUUCCGGGCCUGGCUUUCUGACGUCUCUAACAUUGACCUGGAUUCAACCAUUGAUAUGUCCUGUGCUAAGUAUCAAUUCACAGAUGCCUUACUGUGCCAUGACGACGAGCUGGAGGGGCGCCGGAUCGCCUUCAUCCUUUACCUGGUCCCGCCCUGGGACAGGAGCUUGGGGGGCACUCUGGACCUGUACAGCGUUGACGAACACCUGCAACCGAAGCAAACCGUCAAGUCUCUCGUUCCUUCGUGGAACACCUUGGUCUUCUUUGAAGUGUCGCCAGUGUCCUUUCACCAGGUGUCUGAAGUGCUGACCGAAGAGAAGUCACGUCUGUCUCUAAGCGGCUGGUUUCACGGCCCUUCACUGCCCAGACCUCUCACUUACUUGGAGCCCCCCCUCCCCCGGAGCCCUCACAUCCCCCGAGACCAUGAGAUUUUGUACGAAUGGAUCAACCCUACUUACCUAGACAUGGAUUACCAAGUUCAAAUUCAAGAAGAGUUUGAAGAAAGAUCUGAAAUUCUCCUAAAGGAGUUCCUUAAGCCGGAAAAUUUUGCACAAGUGUGUGAGGCAUUGGAGAAAGAUGGCGUGGAGUGGAGCAGCCGCGGUCCUCCUAACAAAAGGUUCUAUGAGAAAGCGGAGGAGAGUAAGCUUCCUGGUGUUCUGAGAGACUGCAUGGAGUUAUUUCGCUCCGAAGCGUUCUUCUUGCUGCUCUCCAACUUCACAGGCCUGAAGCUGCACUUCUUGGCCCCUUCAGCAGACGACGACGACAAGGUUGCGGAUGGAGAAGAGGGAGAAGUCGCGUCUACUGCUGAUGGCACUGAAGAAGGGGCCAGUCCGAGCUCCUCCGAGCCAGAGAACGGCCCCGGGGCCAUUGGCAACACCAGCCAACAGAGGGACGGACAGACGGACUCAGCAGCAGACGGAACUGACGCCAAGAAUGAGUUGCAUGUUCCCGUGUGUCACGGGGAGUUGAGGCAUUGGAAGACUGGUCACUACACGUUAAUCCACGACAACAGCAAGGCUGAGUUUGCCCUGGACUUGCUACUCUACUGUGGCUGCGAAGGCUGGGAGCCAGAGUAUGGCGGCUUCACGUCCUACAUCGCCAGAGAAGAAGAUGAAGAGCUCCUGACAGUGAAUCCGGAAAACAAUUCCUUGGCCUUGGUCUACAGAGAUAGAGAGACUCUGAAAUUUGUCAAGCAUAUCAACCACCGAGGCUUACACCAGAAGAAAGGCUUCCCAUGCCGCACAGGCUUCUGGGACUUCUCCUUCGUCUACUAUGAAUGACAGGAAACGCUGAACAAGGAAGUCACCCUUUCCUCAGUCCCGGGAAGUCUGGAAGUGCUGGGCAGGGAGGGCUGCAGAUUGGCCUGAUCAUCUGCCUGUGUUUUCCUUCAAUGGGACUCAUAGGGAUUGUCCUCAGUACCCGAGAUUGGAGCUAAAUGUUUCGCUUUGAUUUAAAACAAAACUGAAAAAGGCCUUUUGGUGAUAAUAUUUGAUCCAUUUCCCACACUGGCAUCCUCAGUAACUUUUCUUAUACUCAGUAAUGUUUUUUAUGGUUUUUUUCCGCCAAUAUUCACAAAUACGCAUGAUUGAUGGUUCUGCCCCUCCCAGUUACCCUGGUUUCUAAGACCAGAGAAGCUUCCACCCUGACCGUGCUGCAGUUCUCACUGGUUUGAAUCAUGACUCUUCUGCUCAGCCUCUGCCUGCCUCAGCCCAGUGCUUUGGAUACUGGUGGACUAGUAUGCCCUUGGGAAAGGGCUGGCCUUACAAAACUACUUGGACCCAAGAGACAUCUGGCUGAUGAGGAAAAGGCAGUCAGUCAUUUCCCAGCACCUGCUGCCUUCUCGUCACUGGGCUACGGGUGCUGUGUAAAUAAACCAUUCUAGACUCA